AACUUUGAACCUAUGAUAGACAAGUAGAUACUAAUAAUCCAGAUUUUCUACUUCUCUCAAACACAAAAAGGUCCAAGGUUCACCUACAGUGGGAUUUACUGGCAGGAGGAGAACUAGUGCUGGGGGUGAAAGCAUUUUCUCUUGCAUGUCUCACAGGGUUAAAAAUGCUCAAAAUGAAGAGGAGUACAUCUUUGGUUUGUAUUGCUGUGUGCUUGUCUUUGCUUUGCUUUUCUCUGAUUCAUUGUUUUAGUUAUAAACAUUCAAAGCGGAGGCAUGACAGUCACACUCAGAUCCAUCAGAAGAGACACAGCAUGAAAAAGCUUUGUGAGCCCUCCCUCAACUACCAGACAGCAGGUGCUAUCAUUCAGCAAAACAAGAAAUGCAGCCCUGGCUUCUACAAAGAGUGGGCUGGAUCACACAUGGGUCAGUGUGUGCCGUGUAGCUGUAAUGGACUCUUACAAGAGUGUGAUGAACAAACAGGGCACUGCGUGAACUGUCAGUUCAACACUACCGGGAACCACUGUGAACGAUGUAAAGAGGGUUACUAUGGAAACGCUGCAAUCAGGACCUGUCGUGCUUGUCCAUGUCCCUUUACCCAGAACAAUUUUGCAUCAGCCUGUCUGGAAAUCAGCUUAGAAGUAGUUGAAUGUUUGUGCAAACGAGGUUAUAGUAGUGCCAGAUGUGAGAGAUGUUCAUUUGGUUACUAUGGCAAUCCAAUGAUGCAAGGAGGCAUCUGCAAACCCUGCAACUGCACAGAUAGAAGUUUGAACAUUUGUGAUCCUCUUACUGGAGAGUGCAUCAGAUGUGAUAACACCAGCUGUAAUGGUAACUGCCAAGAAUUGAACACAUGUGCCUACAUGCUGCUAGUGGACUUGGACAAAAUGGAUGGUGGUCUGACUUGGACAGAGCAGCAGUACAUUGCAGAUGGUCUUGCUACAUUCAAAUUGAACCAUCUGCAGGCUAAUGCCUUGGAAACCAAGAUUAAGGUUGGUAGGCAAAGUGCUGCUGUGAGACACACAGCUGGGGGCAGAUGUUGUUGCUGUCAAAAAUGACUUGAGUCAACUGACUGAUGAGACUCUGCAUACUACAUCAAAUCUGGAGGAGUUUUUGCAGAGAGUGAAUGGAUCAAUGUUACAGGUGCAGGAGCUUCUCUCUAAAGCUGAAGGUCUCCUCAAAGCGG